UCUGCUAAGAAUAGUACAGUCCUAAGAUGGCGGCCACCAUGAAGAAAACGGUAGCUGAAGACGUGAACGUCACCUUUGAGGACCAGCAAAAAAUUAACAUCUUUGCAAGAAAUACAAGCAGAAUCACAGAGCUGAAGGAUGAGAUUGAAGUGAAGAAGAAAGAGCUUCAAAACCUAGAAGAUGCCUGUGACGACAUUCUGAUGCUAGAAGAUUCUCUCCUUAUCCCUUAUCAGAUCGGAGAUGUUUUUAUUAGUCAUUCCCAAGAGGAGACCCAGGAAAUGCUAGAAGCUGCUAAGAAAGGAUUACAGGAUGAAAUUGAUUCUUUACAGUCACGAGUAGAAUCUAUCCAGCAAGUCCUUGGUGAUCUCAAAGUCCAGCUGUACGCCAAGUUUGGAAACAAUAUCAACCUGGAAGCCGACGACAGCUAAAUCCUUUAAAUUAUUGUUUGUUUGGUUGUUUAUGUUUUUUUAUUGAUCAGGCAAAAAAAGCCAGGAGGGUGCUUAAAGGGGUAUUCCAGUUAUUCCCUAUCCAUUAAUUUCUAUUGGAGAUAGCCAGUACAGCGCUAUGACCCCUACGAUGUAAUCUAAUAAUAGUUAUCCCCUAUCCUUUGGAUAGGGCAUAACUUAAAACAACUGGAAUACCUCUUUACAGACGUGCCAUCAGUCUCCCCAAACAGUAGCUAUCUCUACAGCAUGUGUUUUCAUCCAUUCCCUGCUCAUCUACUGCUGGAGAGAUUCCAUUUCUCUAGUGCAGCCAGUCAGGUCUUCAGUACCCGGCAACAUCACUGACUUUUCUGCUGGGGAUUGUAGUUCAUUAGCUCCUAGAAUGGAAGAGGUCACCAUUGCUGUACAAUUCAAUUACCCCUUUCUGCUCUGUGUUCAUAAGUAACUGAGAAAUGUAUUUGUCCAGACUUGUGGGUCUGUUCUCCUGGAAACUCUAAAAUAAAGCAGUAUCCUGGCUUGCAAA